CAUACAGGGGACCUCAAAGAGGAUGUCAGCCGAUUAUGUAUAGUGGCUGCAGUUUACUGCAGUAGUGUUCGCUUCCGCAUUGAUCCUAGCAAGCGCUGGCAGUGCGGGAGAAUGUAUCACUCAAAAUGUAGCAUAUUUCAGAGACCACUGAGGCAAACGCGAUUUAUACAGUGCAUGUAUGUGGUUGGAUUUAUGGACCUGUUUGGCGUCAGCAUGAUCAUCCCUCUGUUGAGUCAUCAUGUGAAGUCGCUGGGGGCUAGUCCAACAGUGGCUGGGAUUGUAGGUUCCACUUAUGGCAUCUUACAGCUGUUUUCCAGUACAGUCAUUGGCAGCUGGAGUGACGUGGUGGGGAGGCGGUACUCUCUCCUGACCUGCCUUCUGCUGAGCACUCUGGGAUACGCCCUGCUUGGUCUGUCCACUAGUAUUGUCCUGUUUGUGGUUGCCAGGAUACCUGUGGGACUCUUUAAACACUCACUGUCGAUAUGUCGGGCCCUGCUGUCUGACCUGGUGUCGGAGACGGAGCGCCCCCUGGUGAUGGGGCACUUCAACGCAGCCUCCAGUGUGGGCUUCAUCUUGGGCCCAGUGGUGGGGGGGUACCUCACGGAGCAUGAGGGUGGCUUCUACACCUCCUCCUUCGUCUGUGCAGCCAUCUUCCUCCUCAAUGCAGGCUUAGUGUGGAUGCUGCCUUGGAGCGAUGCCCCGAGCCGUACGGACGCCAAUGCCAACAGCAACAGUGAAUCCCCAGACACGGCAAAGAGGUCAAGGCAGAAUGGUUCGGACGGGGCCAACCACAUUGGGCCAGGGCCAGGCCUGGUGGGGCGGGACCCAUCCCCCCUGCAGCCCGCCUGGAGGCAGCUGUCAUCGGUGCUGCUGCGGAUACGCACGGUGGCGUCCUCAGACAUGUGGGACGUGUUCUUGGUGCGCCUCCUCAUGGCAGUGGCCAUCAUGUUGUACUACAGCAACUUCUCGCUGGCGCUGGAGGAGCGCUUCGCCCUCAAGCCCAAGGUGACAGGCUACCUGAUCAGCUACAGCAGCACGCUGGGGGCGCUGGCUGGCUGCCUGGUGGGGCCUGUCACCAAGCUCUACCGAAACGACAUGUCGGCUCUGCUGCUGCACUCCACCAUGCUCACCUGCUCACUCAUUUUCCUGUACGCCACGGCGCCCAGCGUGUGGCAGGUGCUGCUCACUUCCACCUUCUUCGCCAUCUCCACCACCAUUGGCCGCACCUGCAUCACGGACUUGGAGCUGCGGCGUGGCGGUGGCGCCCGGGCCAGUGGCACGCUCAUUGGCGCCGGGCAGUCGGUCACCGCCGUGGGCCGUGUGCUGGCACCCCUGCUCUCAGGUCUGGCGCAGGAGGUGAGCCCCUGCGGGCCACCCGCCCUCGGGGUCGUGCUGGCACUCGCCGCCGUCCUGCUGCUGCUCAUCAGGAUGCCCAAGUGGGACAGCAAGGGGAAGGCCAAAAAUCCCAAACUCUGAGAGAAAGAGAGAAAGAGAGAGAGAGAGAGAGAGAGAGAGAGAGAAGGAGAGAGAAGGGCAGACACUAUUUCAGAGCGUUGUGAUGGCAGCAGCCAAUUGUCCAGGCUUUGGCCUUUUGGGAGGUGCUCUUUCUCGACGGCCAGCAUGUCUCAGUGGCCGUUCAUGGAGACGGAUACCUCUGCCGUUAGCCGGGUCGCUGUGCAGGAAUCAUCACCAGCAUUGCUACUCCUGUGUCCUGUACUCACGGGCAGCAGUAGCAAACUCUAAACUCAAGCACAGUGUUACCGAGUCAACCCUAAACGCAAGGUCCAGCAGUCUUUUUAUAAUGAGAGUUUAUCAUAUUUGUGCAAACAGAUUGCACAAAAAGAGUACAUUGAGACUAAAGCUGUCAGGCUGAAAGUCACAGGGAGCUCACCUGUACUGACACAUCACAGAGCCAUAGGAAGGCUCAGCCUUGUUUAAUUUUGCACAAUGGGAAGAGAUGAGUGCAACACUAAAACAGUUCAUGGCACUCUGCUAAGCUAACCACUUUAGUUUUUGAUGAUCUAUCAAAGAAUUUUGGUGUGGAACAAAAACAUCUAACAAUUGCUCAGUGUCUUGUCUUUGCCCUGCAGCCAACUAGAAAGUAGGUCAAUUUAUGAAUUCGUGGAAUUCCUGUGCAAUUUAGCCUGUUUACCACUCAUGUUUCUCAAGCACCUAGUUUCAGUCCUGUUUAUCAGAUGGAAGGGGGUUACCAUUUAGACUCUGGCAGGACUUGUGUCAGUAUUUUAUUUUUCUGUUGGUAUCAGAAUGGGGUUUAAAUAUUUGGAACUUUUGUUGGGAGGUUUGUUUUAUUUUUAAAUUCUAAUAUACAUUGGUCAUUAAUUCCGACAAUUAUUUAUAUGGGGUUGAAAUACUUUGAGUCUGAACAUUCAUUUAAUAAGUAUAUAUUCGAUAUUUAAAACAGUGGGAGUUUUUAUGAUCCCAAUAGCCUAAUAAAGGUGAGGUCAUUUAAAUUAAUGGUAGUUCUUUUUCCCAGAAGAGAUGUUACACUCACCUCUGCAUUGAAAAUGAGUCCCGUUUAAAAUCCAACAUCCUAAAUGUUCAUUAAAUAACCCCUUUAUUUGAAAAUGAAAUGAUCAUUCGAGUCAAUUUCGGACGUGAUUGCUGUUCGCGUUGAAUAACGUUGCUCUGUGUAAUUCUUCCCACUGUUAUUGGCAUUGCCUGGAGAAUGAUUGAAAUUUUCCAAGGAAAAAAAGACACAUACUGCAGAAGCACCAGCAGUACUUAAUAUGAAGGAGACAGAAUAGACAACGUAUUUUUGUUAAUAAGACUCAUUCAAGUACACCCUAUGUGUCCAAAACAAUGUUAAUACAUGUUUUACUUAAUCUUUGAGAUUUGUGUGCCUGAACUAUUCUUUUGUUUUCUGAGCAAUUGUAUUGUCUGGAUUGGCAGACAUUGUCUGGAUUGGCAGUUUGUUUCUCAAUGUCGGUCUUCCACUUGUGGCCUUGAAUUGGUAGGUUUUUUACUUUAAUUGAUGGAAUUAGGUUUUUCACGGUUCUGAACAAUCCGAGGAAAAGUUGACGGAAUAAAGCAAAACUGCAUUUUCAAAGUCGUUCUUCAUUUGCGCAACAAUUUCAAAUCGUCAUCCUUUGACUAGGAUAAUGGCAGCCAUUGAUAACCCUUAGUCACAGAAACACAUUACCACUAGGUGGCAGCAACGCACGUAGAGUAAAGAGCUCCUCUCCAUUGGCGUUAGAGGGCACCUUCAGUUGAUGCGUUUGAACCACUCCUUGCAAGACUCGCGAGAUACGGUAAAACUGGUGUGUA